GUACCAAAACAAACGUUAUACCUUGUGUCUCAUACAACAUUAGCAGUACCACUUCCAUAUUUACACAACCAAAUAUGGUUGAAACCGGUAGAUAAACCAGUGGUAUAUAGUUGUAAUCCAAUUGUUUGGCAACAUAUUGUGAAACCAGGAGAUAUUGGUGGAGAAUUGAAUAUUUGCAGAUCUGCAGUUUCUUAUGAAAAACAUUAUAGGAUCAGUGUUUGUGUAAAACGAGAACGUUACAUGACUGAUAAUCCACAAAGUACCGUUUCGUACAGUUCCCAAAGGUCAUUUGUUUCUUCGGGACAAUUAUCUCAUCAGCCAGGACAUAAAAUUUUUUUACUUCCUCCUCUAAAGAUUACUAAUUUGCUUCCAUAUGAAUUACAUUUUGUUGUGAAAGAUAAUGAAUCUUGUAUAUCGGGAUAUAUCAAGCCUGGUCAUAAUACAUCUUUACACAAUGUCGAUGUUAGUGAAAUAAUGAUUUUUGAAUUUUCCUGUGAAAAUUUUCAAAAAUGUAAUGAAUUGAUUGUCAGGCCUUGUUCUCGUGAAUUUUUAACACGAAUUUUAAUGUACGAUAAUCAAGACCGACUAUUAAUGCUGCAAGCAAGAGUUAUCCCUCUGUAUGGUGGUGCUUUGAAGAUAAACAUUUCAUCGCCAUAUUGGUUAAUAAAUAAUUCUGGUCUACCAUUGGUUUUUCGUCAAGAAGGAACCCAAGUAGAAGCUGCCGGACAAUCGGAUGAACACGAAUUGGCUAGAAGUGUAGUGCCGUUACUGUUCUCAUUUGCAGAUAAAGAUGCCUCGGCCAUGUGCAGUAUAAGAAUAGGACGAUCACUUCAUCCGAAUUCUCUAACUCAAUGGUGUAACAGUUUUAAUUUACAAAAAGGAAUUAGAGUUCGUCAUUUACAUGUAACACCUAGAGAUUCCAGACCAGAUUGGGUUUAUACAAUUGGAAUUGAUGUGAGAAUGGGAAGAGGACGUUACAGAGAUACUUACAUGGUUACAGUUUCACCAAGAUAUCAGUUAGAUAAUAAAAGUAGCUAUAAAUUGGAAUUUUCUCAGAAAUUUGCUGUUGAAAAUCUAAAAAAAUUCAGUCAUCAAUAUGUGAUGUCUGCAGUUCCAAAUUGUCACAUGCCAUUUCACUGGCCCCGUGUCGAUCUAGAUAAUUUACUCUGUGUUCGUCUUUCCGAUGUACCAGACUGCAUGUGGUCGGGUGGAUUUUCAAUAGAUAAAAUUAAUUCUUUUCACGUUAAUAUGCGGAAUGGCCAUGGGAAAUCUCAUUUCUUAAGAGUAGAAAUAAUAUUGCAAGGUGCUAAAUACAUUAUUGUCUUCUCUGAUGCAGAAAAUAUGCCAUCACCUCUACGAAUUGAUAAUCAUUCAGAAGUUCCUAUAAUUUAUUAUCAAACAAAUAUUAUAGAUGAAAGACUAAAAACAUCUGUAAGACCAGGUUCAUGUGUGCCUUAUGCUUGGGAUGAACCAACUCUUCCUCCAAUGAUUACUUGUUGUGCACCUGGUGGAGCAACUGCUACUUACAAUAUGAAUGUAUUUGGCGAAGGAGACAAAUUAUUUUAUGGAAAUUUUAUUUACUUGUCAUUUACUGGCACAUUUUCAAGUUUAGAAAAGCAAGAUCCACUUCAGACAAAAAGUUUUAAGAAGAUGAUGUGUCAAGAUUUAGUGUUGGAUGUGCCAGAAGGAACAACAAAAGUGAUUUUAAGCAGAAAAGAACAGGGAAAGAGGAGCCAACUUUGGAGAAUGGGAAGCACUGGUUUAUUGCAUCACGAAGGCUCGAGUCCACCUCAAGAUCCACGUAGAAAAGUAAGCCAAAAGGAUUUAGAACGCACUUUGGUUUUGGAUAUAGCAGGACUAAGUCCUUUACCGGGUAUAUUCGUCCCUCUAAUGUUACGAAAACCCGACGAACGAAGAAGUUUAACGCAGACGUGGCAUUUUACCGAAGAUGGCAGACUUUGCUGCGAUCAUCCAAAUCUAUUUGUUCAACCUAAAGAUGGAUUUUCUGGCUUAAAAGCAGGACAAGAAGCAGUACUUGGACCUAAUCAACCUGUUAUAUACAUGACAACACCAAAUGAUAUUCCUCUCGAACAAGCCAUUGUUCCACAGAAACUCAGAGGUGGAUCUGGAGUGCUGGCUGUUAAAGUGAUUCCUGAUGGACCAACGAGAGUUCUUCAGAUAUAUGACUUCAGACAAAAGGUAGUUUAG